AUGCCAUGUGGAUGCCCAAGCCGCUCUCCCCGGGUGGCCCAUAUGUUUAGCCGGGCCCCUCAAAUGAAGGCUUCUCUGGGACAUGCGUUUGCAGCUCAGCCUCCAGCGGCAGCUAUGCCAUUUGGGAUUGGCUUACCUACUGCUGCACCCAGGCACCCAGACCUGGUGGCCCACAUGGCAACCACUGCAGCUGGUGUGGCUGUGGGCUCUGCAGUGGGUCAUACCCUGGGUCAUGCCCUCACUGGGAACUUCAGUAGAGGUGGUAAUACUGAACCUGAAAAGUCUGACAUUACUUACCAGGAGCCCAGCUGCUGGACCAGCAGUCUUGUGGGCCAUGCUAUCUUGAGAUCAAACCGUGUUUUUCCAGAACCAGACUGA